UAGGUGUUGAACUGAUUAUUAAAAUUGAGUUGCGGUACUGUACAAAGCUUUGACAACUUACUAUUCUUGCCUGCGGAAUAUGGAAGGCCUACGAACAACAUUUUAUACAACAGUUCCACCUUUAUCAACAUUCAGUUGGAGUGCACACUGAAUACGUAGCCCAGCAGUCACGUCUUCGAACUAAUUUCGUAUAAAUCCAUGCAGUCAUAUCUACUAACACCCCCAUUCCGCUCCGUGAAUGUACUGGAACCUCGCCCUGACGGUACGCUUUGUCAGAGGGCAUUUGGUUGAUGAAGCUGGCGAUUCCGUCCCGGAAUGGAUAGAGUUAAUCCGAGCUGCCAGACACAUUCAAGAGCAGAACCUGGAAGCGAUCACUGACCUUCCUGGGGGACAGAUCUUUUACAGAACGCUGAGGGAUAUCCAGCCUGGGGAGGAGUUAGCAGCAUGGUAUUCCAGCACUCUGGCUCAGUGGUUCGAUAUACCAACUACAGCCACACCGACACACGAUGAGAAAGGGGAGGAGCGUUAUAUUUGUUGGUACUGCUGGAGAACGUUCAAAUAUCCGAACACUUUAAUAGCUCAUAUCCACUUCCACUGCGCUCUGAGCAACGGCAGGGGCUUCAUCAACAGCGAACAAUGCCGAAUUUCAGAGACUUUCACCAAAUCUCCGAAAACCGCCGAUAUAUCCAGCUCAUCAACACCGUCGAGAAAUGGCCAUCAUAUCUCCUCUGGCCCAACAGAAGGAGCUAAACGACCUGCGUCUCCAGUUUUGACCAAAAUGAUUAUGACCAAGAAGGCAGUGGGACCUGAGGAGGAACAGGACAGAGCCCUGGACAUGAGUGUUAAUUCAGCCAGGAGUCAUGGAGCUCUGACCACCAUCAGCGGCGGCACCUCCUCACUUGUCAACGCCAUGGGCUUUCACCCCGGGAUUAGAUCCGCGUUUAAACCCACGGGAUUAUCGAAAUUAAUUUCGUCGGAUCCAAGCGGGGACAGCGGCGCUAAAGCACUUGGAUUGGGUUUCAAUAAAGUGGUGAGCAGUCUGAAAUCACCCCGCUCCUCUGGAGAGAGCAUGGCGGGGGCCCACGCAGCCAAAUGUGUCCAUUCCAUCGAGCCGCCGCUGCCUGCAUGGCCAUGCAGCAACACCAGCAGAGGCUUCCCUCUCUUCCCCAGUUUUGAAGAGACAUCUGCGUUCAAACAUGUCGAGAGGGGCCUGCACGCCAGCUUGUCUCCUAGCCGUUACACCCCGAUCCCAACCAGCGUUCACUUUGAGAGGUUCUCCAUUCCUCCCUUUGAAGGAGGUAAACCUUUCGCAGGAGAAUGCAACAUUCCCAUUAUGCCCUUAACGGUUUACAAUGGCGAGCUUCUGUACAGUCCUCCCUAUUACCCCUUCAAGUUCCACUUCAGCAACUUAAUUAAAUACCCCGAAUCCGUCACCUACUUUGGAGCUCCAUCUCUCAACCCAGAAAUUGGUUCCAUUACCAACAUCGACAGAGAGAUCGCCAUGCACACGCAGCAACUGUCGAGUAUCGCUGCAGAAAAGAGCAGGUCCCGCCUGGAGUCCAUGUCCACCAGCAGCACGUCCAGUGGCAAGCCCAAAAAAGGUCACCUCUGCUUGUACUGUGGGAAACUCUACUCCCGGAAAUACGGACUGAAAAUCCACAUGCGGACGCACACAGGGUACAAACCUUUAAAAUGCAAAGUUUGCCUUCGACCCUUUGGGGAUCCCAGCAACCUAAACAAACAUAUCCGUUUGCACGCGGAGGGGAACACGCCUUACAGGUGUGAGUUCUGUGGCAAGGUACUUGUCCGUCGCAGAGACUUGGAAAGGCACGUUAAAUCAAGGCACCCGGGGCAAAGUCUACACAAAACAGAGAGCAAAACGGAAUCAUCUUUCGACGACCCUGAGCAGAAAAGUGACCACAGUAACGAGAGCGACGUAGAUGUCUGCUUUACAGAUGAUCAAAGUGAUCAAGAUUCAGGAAAGAACAACGAUCAAUGAAUAGUUUGGAGAACUGAUGCCAGUAAACACCGAAUUGCCAAAAAAAUACCCAGAAAAUGCUUGAAGCAUCUAUAAAUGCCUGUCUAUUUUGUACAUAAGAUGAUAGGAAUUGUGCCUUUCGGUGACUGUGAUAGUAAAGGAUAUUUAUUAGGGCUGAGCAAUAUCCAUAGCUCCGGCUAAUGCAAUGUAUGAAUGCCAAGUGAUCGUCGCUUAAUAAAUGACUAUGGAAUUACAAAUAAGAUGAACGCAUCUGUGAAAAAAAACUCAAAUUCAAUAUCACAAGCAUGAUUAAAAUAAAUCAUCAGUGCUCUUCCAUUCAGUUUUUAAUCCGUCGAUGUAGUAAUUUGUCAUAAUGCAACGUUAAUAUCAGCGAAACAUUUCAAUAAAUGGAAUGACCCUCAUUUAGAAAUCAUGGUGACAAAUAAUUUGACAGGUCCGGAGUGAAUAUCAAUCAUUUAAGCAAAUGUAUGAGGGUCAACAAACUUAAUUUGCAGACAAAGCUAAAAGUGACCUAUGAUGUAGAGCUGGGAGCAAUUACUCAAUUUUGUGUGAAGUCGCGUCUAUAAAGGGACAAGUAUUAAAGCACUAUAAGACGAGCGCAAAACAUGACAAAGGGACCUUUGUUGAUAGAUUAGUACUUAAACUAUUUAAAAUAGGGCAUCCAUUAUUGUUCUGAUCAUCUUUAUGUACAUAUGUUUUCAGGAAACAUAUUAGGAGCAUGAAUCGAAAGUAUGUGAUAAUGCUAUAUAUAAUUUCAGAGACGAUAUAAUUUUUUUGUGAAGUAGAACAAUAUGUUGUGUAUUUUUUGUUUUUAUAUUGAAUGAUGUACAGUGCACUUGGUAUUCGCCUUUUCGUUGCAUCGCGUUGUGCGAGAAUUUCCGAAUA